GUUCAAUUGCGCGGAUGCCAUGGCAAAGCAUUCCUGGCAUUCCUGGCAUGCCAUGCCUGGCCCACUGCAGCAUGGAGACAGCAUGUUGCAGAUCCUCACUCGGUGUCGAAGAUAUGCAGCAGCAGCAGCUCCCAAGAGACCUCAACCAAGGUCGCCACUGUUGGAUUUCCAGUUGGAUUUGCGAGAGGUGAAGCACAUGGCCCCGCAUGUUCUAGCCUCUGCCAUGGCUGCAGCAGGCGCAGGCAACCACAACUCACAGUCCCUGUGGCGCGCGUAUAGCGACCGUGCCUUGGAGUUGCGAAAACAGUUGACUCUUCGAGAUGUUCGGCGCAUGUUGCAGGGCUAUGCCGCAGUGGGCAUCAAAGAUUCAGCAGUGUUUCGGGAUUUGCUAAAAGCAUCCUGGCAAGGAGACGAAAAUGCAUCCGCCAAAGACCUUUGUUCUGUGGCGAUCUCCCUGGCAAAGCUCAGGUGUGGCGCAGAGAGUCUGGAUGAUUUUGCACAGCACUUCGCAGAACAAAGCUUAGACGAGUUGGAGAGUAUUGAUGUGAGCAGUUUGGCCAAUGCCUUUUCGAGGGUUUCCUGCAGAAACAAAGCCUUUCUGCAGAGACUAGGCGAUCGUUUAUGUGCAGAUGCAUCAUCCACUCUGCUUCCGCCGGUGGCUACAACGAUGGCUCUGAACGCAUUUGCUGUGUUGAAGCACUGCGACAAGGAACAAUUUACUGUUCUGGUCAACAAUGCCGUGAGGCCGUGUGUCUCUGACUUCACCAUCACACAAGCAGCUCUCGUCGUUGAUGCGCUUGCUCGCUGUUCGGAAGUGACUGAGGACAUGGCAAGCGACAUUUUUCAAAACUUCGUCCAGCGUUGGCUUUCACGAGGCCUACUGGAAGAGUUGGCUGAGCCGGAAGAUUUGGCGCACCUGUCGAAUUCCGCUGUGAAGCUCAACAUUUUGGAGGAGAAGGAGCUAAACUACAUCUUUGCCGCAUGUGGUUUGCGAUACGUUGGCAUGUUCUCAACGCCCCAAUUGGCAAUGUUUUGCAGCAAUCUGGCUAGGUUGCCAAGUACUGGCCGUGGAGCCUUUCUGGGCGUUGUUGCUCUGCGAGUUUUGCCACAAGCAGUGAGAAGCUGUUCAUUUGUGGAUCUUGGGUUGAUUUUGCAGGCCAUGUCCAGUUGUGAUAUCAACUUAACACAAGAGGUGGUGACACUCAUUCAGAAGAGACUGGCGGAGGUUGCAAAGGAGCAGGUUGCUCAAUUGGCGCAACACAAGCAAUCCUCUGAAGUUGCCAACAGUAUUGCAGCUGCUUUGGAGCGAAUUGCAGAAGCUUCAAAGAUUUUGUCAGCAGAUGGUAAGCAGCUCCUGGCUUCCAUUCGACCGUUGACGCUGGAACUUUGUGCCUGCAAAGCACUUCGCUUCAGAACUGCAGCGGCUUUGCUGGCAAUGCAUGGCCAUUUCCGCAUCAAAGAUGUGGAGCUCUUUGAUGCCAUGGGCGGAUCAGAGCUCUCAGACACAAUCUCUCCGAUCUCCCCUGUCUUGGCUGGAAGACUUUUGCGUGGAAUGGCACCAUUGGGACAUCCAGUGAAGGCUAUGAUGUGGGCCAUCGAUCAAAGCUUCGCUUCUCCACGUGGUACCUGGCAACGAUCCUUGCCUGCGUUGACGGCGGACCUCUUUGCAGCGGCACUGUUGGACUUUGCCGAACUGUCAGAGGAGACCAUGAACUCUUUGUUUCAUGCGGCCAAAGUCCAUUGUGCCACAGAUCUCACAUCCCUAUCAGCCUCUCUUCGAUUGAAGUGUGCUGGGGAAAUCUCGGCUUCAUCGCAUGCGUGGCUUCGUAAGGCGAAAGACACUGGUGAUGCCACAUGGUUGGCUGACUGGUCUGAAGAGGUCUUCUCUACAUCCAACGGACCUCAACACGACCUGGUGCCAUCAACGGAUGGGGGCUUCCUGCGCUCAGUGUUUGCCUCCCUGCGAAACUAUGCGAAGGUCAACCACGGAGAGGUGCUGGUGGCAUGGCCAGGGCAGGGAUUUCGGUCUGACCUGGCCUGUCGCUUUCACAGCGGCGUUGGCGGCGGCGGCGUUGUCGUGGAGGUGAAUAGCCAGCAACGUUUCUACGUUGGUAGCCGUGAGCUUCUUGCAUCCUGUCGACUGCGUCGUGCUGCACUGGCAGCAUCAGGUGCCAAAGUGUGCCAGGUGAACUAUUGGGAGUGGCCUGCUGAGCAGGAGGAUCAAGACAGAUGGUUGAAGGAUCGAUUGGAUUUUGCAGAGAAAAAUGAGAAAAGCACAACAGUGCGACGUGGGACGUAGCGGGUAUGACAU